UCUUCAGAGACAGCAUCUUCAACACUGGCAGAAAUCGUGGCUGGUUUACAACAUGUUACAUGUUAUGUAAUCUACCCGCUGAUGGGAUUUAUGAGACGAGAGGAGCAGCCAUGAGUUCAACUGCAGCAGCAACUGGAUUGGUUCUCUUCCUUCUCUCGCUGCCAGUGGUGCAGAGUCAGAAUGAUUAUGCAGUGACUUACACUUCUACUCAGAUCUGUGCUGUAAAAGGAUCAACAGUGGUCAUAGGCUGCUCCUUCAAAUACCCUUCAAGAGUAAAUGUGUUAAAAAGAGUUUGGUUCACUAAAUGGAACAAAUAUAAUCCUGAAGAUCUGAAAACAGACCCAGUGUAUGCAGGUCGAGUGUCGUACAGCUCUCAGUGGAAAAACUACACUCUGACAAUCAGAGACCUGAGAGAGAGCGACUCAGCUGUGUACAGGUUCAGGUUUGAAACAAACCAGAAAAAUUUUACUGGUUUACCUGGAGUCACUCUGACUGUCACAGCUCUUCAGGUACACGUGGGCAGAUCAUCUAAUUCCAACUGGGCAACACUGACUUGUCAGAGCAGUUGUCGACUAAAUUAUCAUUCCUCCUACAACUGGUACAAAAAUGGACACAAGGUUUCUAGUAGAAACAAGUACUGGUAUUCAGUCAAUCUGAAUCCUUCAGAUAGCUACUCCUGUGCUGUAAGAGGUUAUGAAGAUUUCUCCUCUCCUUCAGUGUGUGUCCGAGGUGAUUCAUGCAACAGAGUGAAUUACAGCAACAGAAGAAUCUGUGCAUUCAAAGGCUCAUCAGUGGACAUUUCUUCUACUUACAACAGUUAUGAAAGUUCAAUCCAAUUAAAAUCCUGGUUCUGUUCUGGUCGUGGAUCUGAGGACCUCACAGAAGACUCCCAGUAUAAAGAUCGUGCUGAGGUGACUGAAACAGAGAGAGGACGCUCCACUCUGAGAAUCAGAGACCUGACAGAGAGUGAUUCAGCCGAGUAUCACUUCAAAUUCAAAACACAAAGAUUUGAAUGGAAGAGUAGUUUACCUGGAACAACUCUGACUGUCACAGCUCUGCAGGUGAAGGUGAGCAGAAUAAUAUCAGUCCAUGAGUCUCAGACUGAGGCAGAGCUGAAGUGUGAAAGCAGCUGCAGUCCAGCUGGUCGUCUUUCUUUUGUCUGGUUCAAGAACGGACAGAAAAACACAAAACAGCAAACUUCUACUUAUACAGACCGCUUUUAUCCUGAAGACAACAUCUCCUGUGCUUUCACAGGAUACGAGGAUUACUGCUCUCCACCAGUGUAUGCUCCAAAAUUUGCUUCAGUACUGGUGCUGAAUAACUCUCAUGAGAUAGUGGAGGGUAGCUCUGUGAAUCUGACCUGCAGCAGUGAUGCUAACCCAGCAGCUAAUUACACCUGGUACAAGGAUAAAAAACCAGUCAAUACAGAACAACAGCUCACCUUCAGCUCCAUCCAGUCUUCUGACUCUGGAGAGUAUCAUUGUACCGCUAAGAAUGAGCUGGGUCAAAGACCAUCUGAAGUCAUCUUUAUCAAUGUGAAAUAUCCUCCAAAGCUUGCCUCUGUGUCAGUGAGUCCCUCUGCUGAGAUAGUGGAGGGCAGUUCAGUCAAUCUUACCUGCAGCAGUGAUGCUAACCCAGCAGCUAAUUACACCUGGUACAAGGAGAACAAAUUAUUGCUUCAUGGACCAGUGGGAAGGUACCAUUUAUCCUCCAUCAGCUCUGAGGACAGCGGGAACUACUCGUGCAAAGCUGAGAAUCUGUAUGGACCAGCACAGUCCGUAACUCUAUACAUAGAUGUCGAGUGUAAGUAUUUCAGUGAACAGCUCAGAAAGCAUGUCUAG